AUGCAAGCAAUCCAAAUCACCUCAUUUUCUGCAACCCUCUCAAACCUCCAUUCACAAACAAUCCCCGCUCCACUACCCCCAGGCCCCAACGAAGCGCUGCACCAAAAUAAUACAUCCCUAAUCCGUCCCCCAUUUACGCUUGGACUCGAGUUUUCCGGCACAAUAAUCGCCAUUGGCGAUUCCAUAUCUUCGUCUGAUAAUCCACUGUCUGUUGGCGACAGAGUUUUCGGCGCCAGCCUAGGCGCUUUUGCAGAACGCAUCGUCGUCCCCGCUCACUCCAUCCACCGCAUCCCAUCUGCAUGGACAUUUGAGGAUGCCGCGGGUCUUGCCGCUACCGCGACGGUAGCGUACGGGGCCGUAAUGGUACGUGGAGGUGCGAAGGAGGGACAGUGGGUGCUGGUCCAUGGGGCUGCAGGAGGAAUUGGAGUUAAUGCGUGCCAGAUUGCGAAGGCGUGUGGGGCGCGGGUUGUUGCUGGGGUGAGGAGUUUGGAGGAUUUGGAGAAGGUGGAGAUGCUGAGGGUUAGAGAGAGUUGGACGGGUGAAGUGAUGAAGAUUACGAAAGGCAAAGGUGUGGACCUUGUGAUUGAUAAUGUUGGGCUCGUUAAGGAGAGUUUGAGGUGUUUGAGACCCAUUGCGGGGAAAAUCGUGCUUGUAGGGUUUGCCGGGAGGGAGGGCGUUAUGGAGCAAGUGUCUGUUAAUAGGAUUUUAUUGCGGCAGGCUGUUGUCAUUGGAUACCGAUACGGAGACACGAAUCGCAAAGACCCGAGUGAGACGAAACGGAUUUGGGGUGGUUUGGCAGCUCUCAUCGAGUCUGGCGCCGUUAAGCCCGUUACGUAUGAGAGGAGGUAUCGUGGUCUGAGAGAAGUGCAAAAUGCCAUGGCAGACUUGAAGGCACGAAAGAUAUACGGGAAGGCGGUGAUCUAUAUUAAUGAAAAUGAAACUGAGAGAGCUGCACUGUGA